AGGAUUUAGCAAAAACUAAUGGCCACGAUCUGUUAAGAGUCAAGCGAUAAAAAGCAAAGCUCCUUUCGUUUUUUCAGAAAUUUUGAACCCAUUCAAGUCGGGGCGUUGCAGGAUCCGAUUUCUCGUUUUGUUCUUCGUUAAAAUUCACCAGGUGAUAACCAAAUACCCUUGUUUCUUGGUAACAAUUUCGAUUUUCUUGCAUGGAAAAAUGUCAAGAAAAAUAGAUUUUAGAUAAAUCAACUUGAAUAUGUAAGGCCAUUUUCAUUUAAAAUGGCUUGUUGAAUGAAAAUUUCAUGGGAACCGUUACAUUAUUUGCAUAUUACAAUUGUUUGUUACCGGUCUUGAUUCAUAUUCAUAUAUAGAUUGAAGAAUGGCGGACGGUGAAGACAUUCAACCGCUUGUUUGUGACAAUGGAACUGGAAUGGUUAAGGCCGGAUUCGCGGGUGACGAUGCACCAAGAGCGGUUUUUCCGAGCAUUGUAGGCCGUCCUCGCCACACGGGUGUGAUGGUAGGGAUGGGACAAAAGGAUGCUUAUGUUGGAGACGAGGCUCAAUCAAAACGUGGUAUCUUGACUCUGAAGUACCCAAUUGAGCAUGGAAUUGUUAAUAAUUGGGAUGACAUGGAGAAGAUUUGGCAUCACACUUUCUACAAUGAGCUUCGUGUUGCCCCUGAAGAACAUCCGGUUCUCUUGACCGAAGCUCCUCUCAAUCCGAAAGCUAACCGUGAGAAGAUGACUCAGAUCAUGUUUGAGACAUUCAAUACUCCUGCUAUGUAUGUUGCCAUUCAAGCUGUUCUCUCACUCUAUGCCAGUGGCCGUACAACUGGUAUUGUUUUGGACUCUGGAGAUGGUGUGAGCCACACGGUACCAAUCUACGAGGGUUACGCUCUCCCACACGCAAUCCUACGUCUUGACCUAGCAGGUCGUGACCUCACGGACCACCUCAUGAAAAUCCUCACAGAGCGUGGAUACUCCUUCACCACAACUGCUGAACGUGAAAUUGUUAGAGACAUGAAAGAGAAGCUCUCUUACAUUGCUCUAGACUUCGAGCAAGAGCUAGAGACUUCCAAAACAAGCUCGUCCGUUGAGAAAAGCUUCGAGCUUCCUGAUGGACAAGUGAUAACCAUUGGAGCAGAGAGGUUCCGGUGUCCGGAAGUUCUGUUCCAGCCGUCAAUGAUCGGAAUGGAAAAUCCAGGAAUCCAUGAAACCACAUAUAACUCUAUCAUGAAAUGUGAUGUGGAUAUUAGGAAAGACUUGUAUGGUAACAUUGUGCUAAGUGGUGGAACCACAAUGUUUGGAGGGAUUGGUGAUAGAAUGAGCAAAGAGAUUACGGCUUUGGCUCCAAGUAGUAUGAAGAUUAAGGUCGUGGCUCCACCGGAGAGGAAGUACAGUGUAUGGAUCGGUGGCUCUAUAUUGGCUUCACUCAGCACUUUCCAGCAGAUGUGGAUUGCGAAAGCAGAGUACGAUGAAUCUGGACCCUCAAUAGUGCAUAGGAAAUGCUUCUAAUCACAGUUCCUAAGAUCACCAAACGAAGACGGAAGUAAAAGUAAAAGACAGAAGGUUAAAAACAUUGAGAUUACUACCAAAUGCCACAUUUUUCCAUUAUAUUUUCUAAUCUCUCUUUUAUCCUUUUUUUUUUGAAUAGCCUCUCUAUGUUAAUUUUUCAACUAAGCAUACUUUUCUUUAAACAAUUUCCACUCCCAAUGUACUAUAUAUAAGCGACUAAUUUCAAUUAUUAUAUUUUCUAUUUUAAACUU